GUACACCCUAUGGCAUCAUCGUAUGCUUACCAAGAAGACUUCACACAAAUGUCUAGACACAGUCUUUUCCAACUUCCCGUUGACAAAUCGAAAAAAUAUGGUCAACGGUCAAAGCUUUGUUGGAACAACUCUUCACCAACCAAAGAAGGAGUGCAGCCAAAAGGUUUCGUUACGUUUUCGUUAACCGAUGGUCCUGAAUAUCACGUUUCACAGGUCGCUAAUGCGGUGUUGGUUGCUAAAUAUCUUGGUGGAACUCUUGUGCUUCCGGAGAUCAUUGGGAACAAAGGUGAAAAAAGGCGCUUCGAUGAAAUCUAUGACGCGGAUAAAUUCAUAACGAGCAUGAGCGGCGUGAUUCAAGUAGAAGCGCAUAAACACCACGAAGCAUCAACAAAAAAGUCCAUCGAUGUAAAAGUUCCCUACAACGCAAACCGCAACUACAUUAUGAACAACGUCGGACCGAUAUUUCAAACAACACAAAAUGUGCGGGUUAUAAGUUAUUUUCCUUCAUCAACGACGAAACUAGCGGAAGUCGACAAGGAUACAAACCCUUACUCGUGUUGGGCAAUGUUCGAGGCUCUUCGCUUGAAGCCCGAGUUGCAAAAAGUUGUAGACUCUAUUGUGGGGAGCCUGCGAAGCCGCGAUCCAAGUGGCCAAUUCGUCGCAAUCGACUAUAAGACCGGGAUGUUGGGAACAAGCACUUGUCAAAGCAAUGCAAAUGAAGGGAUGAAAAAUUGCUACAACCCCGUCGAAAUCGCACAAUUUCUUCAACGAAUCGGUUAUCCACGCGACUCGACAAUUUACGUGACUCAAUCAAAAGCGGACCGUAGCCUUAGUUUGUUAAAGGAUUUGUACCCCAAAACAUUCACCAAGGAAGAUAUAAUGCAAGAAGCGAAGAUGGGUGAAACGUCGGAACUGGAACAAGAGAUCAUCGACUUUCAUAUAUGUUCAGUGAGCGAAGUGUUUGUGCCCGCAAAGUCAGGCCUGUUUUACGCGAAUGUGGUUGGGAAUAGAAUCGCUACUAGCAGGAUUGACGUUCUUGUGCCGGCUCAGAUAACAUCAAACUUAGCACAAGAUCAUGUGUCAUCUUUCAUAGCAAAAGCGAGCCACCCGGCUUACGCUUGUUUCUGUUAGUGAACUUGUUAAAAAGCUAAAUAAGACGACUCUAUGUUCGUCAAGUGUGUAACUGGACACUAAAAGUUCUAUCAAAGUAUCGUUUUUAUGUUUAUGUUUG